AUGAGAUUCCUGAAUAUUCAAUUUCUACAAUUGGUGGAAGAAAUUAGAAACGUCGAUAUGUUGGUAUAUAAUCGGUACACCGUUACAAUUGCAAGUUUUAUUCGAAUCAGAACGACGAUGCUUAUCGUUUUGUUUCUUCAAGUCACCCUCGUAUGUGGGAGAAGUGGAUUUUAUAAAGAGCAUCAAUGGGAGAGAAGCGAAGAGAACUUGAAGUCUGUCGUCGAAAAGAUUAUAGAAGAAAUCAUGGAACACGCUAAUUGCAUUGUUUUUGUUACCGAUACUAUUUAUCGAAGACUCGUGAACAUCACGCACGUUCAAGGUUCUUCGCUCUUAUCCAAAUACGAGAUUGGAUUGCGCGAUAACGAACAAUUUUCCCCGCCAAGAGAACGUAUUCAACAAGUUCUAAUCGACAGCAAGGCGAUCGAUUGUAGCGCAUACGUUAUACUAGCUGCUAAUGGUUUCGUGACGUCUCAGUUUUUGCAAUAUACAGAAAGCAAACGUCUGAUCAACACUCGCGGACUCUUUUUACUUUUAUACGAUCACCGACUAUUUGAAUCGAAUUUACAUCACGUGUGGAACAGAAUAAUUAACGUAGUUUUCAUACGUCGAUAUAACGCGUACCAGCAUCGCUCUGGAGAAAAAAUAUCCAAAGAAAGGAUAGAUCUAGACACAGUCUACUACCCUGCUUACGAAAAAAUAUUAACUGUGACUAAAUACAUCGACACUUGGUAUCGUGGAAAAAUGCGUUACGGUAACAAUCAUUUUACGGAAAAAACAACGAAUCUGCAUAAGAAACAUUUACGAAUUGCUGUUUUCGAACACAUUCCUACAGUAACAGAGAAAUCGAGAGCUUAUUAUAAUAAGCGACCUAAUAACAAUACAGAGGCUCUAGGAAUAGAAUUCGAAUUAAUACAGAUCAUAUCAGAAGCAAUGAACUUCAAACCAAAGUAUUACAUGCCAUACAAUAUAGCUUCUGAGAAGUGGGGUGUUAAAGGAGACAAUCAAACCUAUACAGGUCUUAUAGGUGAAGCCAUAGAAGGAAAUGCUGCAUUUUAUUUGGGUGAUUUACAUUACACGUUACACCACUUGAAUUAUUUUGACUUGACCAUACCGUAUAAUACAGAAUGCCUUACUUUCCUAACACCAGAGUCCUUGACUGAAAAUUCAUGGAAGCUGCUGAUACUUCCAUUUAAGUUAUACACCUGGAUUGCACUUAUCUUCAGUUUAAUUUUUGGAAGUUUUACAUUUUACUUCUUGUCACUGUCUUAUAAGAAAUACAUAAUCUUUUAUAAGAAUAAAAUGUAUAUUCAAACUGCAUUCACAAAGAAGGAAAUAAAAGGAUUGUAUUUGUUUACAGAACUACAAAACAGUAUAUUGUAUACUUACAGCAUGCUGUUUCAAGUUUCGUUACCUAGUUUGCCAAACCCUUGGGCUGUAAGAGUAUUUAUCGGGUGGUGGUGGAUUUAUACUAUUCUAGUUGCAGUUGCCUACCGUGCUAGCAUGACUGCAACUCUUGCAAAUCCUGUAGCUAGAGUUACCAUCGAUACAUUGGCACAAUUAGCCAAAAGUUCUAUAGAAGUUGGGGGUUGGAACGAAGAAAGCAAAGAUUUCUUCUUAAUAUCCUCUGACCUUAACAGUCAAGAAAUUGGCAAGAAAUUUCAGUUCAUUGUAGAUGAGAAAGACGCUAUAGAAAAAGUAGCAAAUGGAUCUCUAUGCUAUUUUGAGAACUCUUAUUUGCUUCAAGAUGCCCGUGUAAAAAGGCAGAUAUUGGAGAAACAACAGAAAGAAAACGGAACUACAUUGAACAUAUCUUUGAAACAUAACCUACACAUUAUGGAAGAGUGUGCUAUUAAUAUGCCUAUAGCUAUUGGCAUGGAAAAGAAUUCACCACUGAAACCACGCGUUGACAUUUUAGUAAUUUUUAAUUUCGUUAAUAAUUAUCGUAAAAUUAUAAUCUAUAUUUUAACGCAUUCACAUCGUUACACGUACGAAUCUGUUAAGUAUUGGCUGUCCCAUAGGAAAUGCAUGGAAUUAGAUGCAAAUGUGAAGAUACGUCGCGUAAUAGAAACUGGAUUAGUCGAAAAAUGGCUGAGCGAUGUUAUGGAAUGGUCCAAGAUAAUGGAGGUGCGACAAGAAACUGAAUCUGAAAAAGCAUUAGUCAAUCUUCACAAGCUGCAAGGUGCUUUUAUUGCUGUUAUAGUCGGUUAUGUAUUAGCUUUCGUAGUAUUACUAGGAGAAAUUCUAUACUGGAAGUAUAUCGUUUUAAAGGAUCCAAAGUUUGACAAGUACCAUUUGGACAUAUUCUAUCAUGUUAACCCUAAAGUACAAGUCAAUAAUUAUAAUUUACAAAUUCUCUAAUUAAAUUUAGAAAUAAUUGGUUACAUGGACUGUUAUAACAUAAUUAGUGUUUACGAAAAUAUGUAAGAACUCGUUAAUUGUCUGGGAAAUAAUACGAAAAUUACAUACCAAAUAGAAAUGAAAAGGUUUAAAUUAAUUUUUUCAAUGGUCAUAUCACACUGAGUCAACUAUUGCUGCACAAAUCCGAUUAAUUAAUUCGUUCGAAAGAAACACGACACACUCAACACAUACCUUUUGUAUAUAAUCUUCUACACUCAAUUAAAUGAAACUCAUUCGUGCACUGUACUUCUAUCCAGGAAUGUAUCAUUUGUAUUUCUCAAAUAUACUUUUGUUUCUCUUACUUUA